GCAUCACCGGACGCGUCUCUCAUGUUUUAAUGGUGCCAUUUGAUUAGAGCGCGCUGGUUCCUGUAAUCCUCAUGGACUACAUGGAGGAGAAGUUUUCCUUGAAAGGCCCAGCCAUGAAGAGCAGCGACUACUACAUGGAGCAGGUCAUGGAGAGCCUGGACGGCGCGCAGUUUUUCACCAAGCCGGCCCAGAAGUGCGCGCAGGCCUUCGAGCCCCGCUGCUCCCCCUGUGCACAGCAGGACGUCGGUUUCGGCGUGCCCAAACCAGAGGAGGAGUCCGUGCGCGCGGACCUCGGCCGGUCCUUGGACAGCUGCUGCUCCGUGCGCGCCUCUCCGGUCCCCGGCGGCGCGGAGAAGACGGAACUGGACGAACUGGGGGACAAGUGCGACAGCAACGUGUCCAGCAGCAAGAAGAGGAGACACAGGACGACCUUCACGAGCGCGCAGUUAGAGGAGCUGGAGAAGGUGUUCCAGAAAACUCACUAUCCAGAUGUUUACGUGAGGGAACAGCUGGCCAUGAGGACGGAGCUGACGGAGGCCCGGGUGCAGGUGUGGUUUCAGAACAGAAGAGCCAAGUGGAGGAAAAGGGAGCGCUACGGGCAGAUGCAGCAGGCCAAGAGUCACUUUGCAGCCACCUAUGACUUAUCUGUGUUACCCCGGACUGACACGUACACGCAGAUCCCCAACAAUCUGUGGCCGAGUCCAGCUCCUGGGGGCUCUGUGGUCUCCUCCUGCAUGCUGCCCCGAGGCUCCCCCCCAUGCGUCGCUCCCUAUUCUCACUCCCCUCGCUCGGCUGCUGCGGCCACGGCCGACCACGGCUACAUGGGCUUCCCCGGUCAGCAGAACCAGUUCGGCCACGUCUCCCUGAACAACUUCUUCAGCGCAGACUCCCUCCUCACGCCGGCCGCCGCCUCCCACCCAGCCUUUGAGACCAAACCGGAGUUCGAGAGGCGCUCGUCCAGCAUCGCCGUGCUGCGCAUGAAGGCCAAGGAGCACACGGCCAACAUCUCCUGGGCCAUGUGAUCCAGCGCUCUGUCUGA